GCUCCCCCCUUCGGGAUUCGUGUAACAGACGAGAGAUUGAAUCAUCCUUACUUUCAUAACACGACUAUAACCGUAACGGCUGGACAUAAAGUUAACAUCAUAUGUGAAGCAUACUGGGCGAGGCCUCCUGCAGUAUUGCAAUGGCAUAUGCCCGACGAUAUAGUAACAUUAUCCCGUGAUCAGUCUAAUGCCAUACGAGAAAACCAUUAUAUCUCUCAGAAAACUGUAACAAUCAAACCCUCUAGGAAUGACCGAGGAAGGAUAUUGGAGUGCAUUGCAUCACAUCCACUACUUCAAAACAAUCUUCAACUAUCAGUACAUUUGAAUGUUCACGUUCUACCAUCUAGUAUGCUGCUCUUUGUUCCUAACGCUGAAGGCCAUCAGGAACAUGGAACUCGGUCAAGAAGUCUAUACAUUAACGAAAAUGCAACAACUUCAAUCACAUGUAAGGCACUUGGAUCAUUCCCAGCGACUAAAUUACAAUGGUAUUUUCCCGAUGGCAACAUUACCAUUAUUAACAACACAGAGACUCGUAGUGUCGUUUCCGAUGAUAAUUUGUUUGACACAGAGAGUACUAUCACAAUACUAACAGGGAAGAAUGACCAUGGACAGUACAUUCAAUGCAACGCAUAUAUGGAUGUCAACAUUGUUGAUCAAGCGGUAUCCAGGUUGAUGGUGCUAGUUUGGCCUAAAAAUGUGUUACUCUUUCCAACUGGAAGUAACCAGUCCCAGUCAACGGCCAUAUACGUUCAAGAAGAUUUACCGACAUCAAUCACGUGUAAAAGUGUCGGAUCCUUCCCAGCAGUUGAUCUGUCUUUUCCUCACGGCUCUGACAUUAUUCCCAUCACAAAUUCUUCAAAGACUUCAAGCCUUUCCCAUGAGAAGUUGUUCGACACAGAGACUACCAUCAAAAUACGUCCGACGAAAACUGACCACGGAAAAAACGUUCAGUGUAACGCUUUCAUGGACAACGAAGUUGUUGGCCUAAAUAUUUCUAAAUUAAGGGUUUACGGCCUACCAGAUGACGUCAAUAUUACCAUUCCAGUGGAUCUGCAAGAUGGUAUUGAAACACUUGUAACAUGCAGAACCUCUAAUGGAUACCCAGCUCCUCUCAUUCAUUGGUAUAUUGGAUCAAGAAACUUGACAGAUAGUUCAUCGCUAAAGUCAUCUUUGAAUAGAGCUAAUCGAUAUGAUUCUGUAAGCACUCUGAUCUUCGUACCAAAGAGGUUUGAUGAUGGAAAACGUCUUCUCUGCCAGGCAGUUCAACCUGAAACAUUCCUGGGUCGCUUAGUGAAUGAGAGCAUGGUACUAAACGUAUCAUCCAUCCCUGAUCCACCUUCUUGGCUCAUCGUCGAGCAAACCCAGACGACAUCUUCAACUCUCUUCGUUGCCUGGCAACCAGGGUUCGAUGGUGGGUUUCAACAGACGUUCAAUCUGGAAUACUGUCCAAACGACACACUGGCGAAGGAGGAAGAGUGUGGUGUUAUUACCAACCUGACACAACCAUUAUUCAGACUGGAUGACCUGAAUCCAUUCACCUGGUACCGGUUGACGAUGUGGUCAGAAAACAGUGCGGGAAAUAGUAGUAUGGAGACAACAGUGGUUUCCACAGCUCCUUUACAACCAGAGAACUAUGGUGUAACAGUCACUCGAGUAAAAGAGUGGCGAGUCCUUCAAUUGUCAAAGGCAAAUCAGUCGUUGGAUGAAAUCUGCUUCAUUCUCCUGAAGACGUUCCAAACAUCAGACUGUCCCCUUGUGAAUGAGACAAAGUGCAAUGACCCCGGUACAGAGAUCAGAAUUGACCCGGAUGAUGACGUAGUUGUGGUGACUUAUGGAAGAGGGUUGUGUAGUGAACCAGCCGAUAUACAAGAUCAACCGGGUCAGAAAGUUCAACCAAGAAAGCAAAGCACUCCUUACAUGAUAAUAGCUCAUGGUGUAAUUGCCUCACUUGGUUUCGUCAUAGUAAUCUCACUUGGUUUGGUGUACUUUUACGGAUUGAUAUGCUGUACCAAACAAAAGAAAGCUAUCGGAAAAGAAACUCAACAUUCAUACAAUAAGGAAGGGGAGGGAAUCUAUUCCAAACUUACGAGGAACCAGCCAUCGCACUCUUCAUGGCCAGGUGCAAGCGACUGCAUGGACCUUAAGCCUACCAAUCCAGCAUCCAUCGCCGAAACGACCGGUCAAGACACAGGAGACCAUGACUGUGGUACUCCCAAGGGUUCUGAUGCUACAUAUUCGAAUACAGAGAUUGAAAAGGGAUCAGUCCUCCAGGACGAACCUGACAAUGAUUACCUAAUCCCUAUUUCUUCUCCAAAAGGGUCUGAAUGUCACUACGCGAAUGACAAUGGGAUGGUGUCUGGAAGCGAGUCUGAUGACCAUCAAUAUAUCAACCAUGCCCCCUCCGAAGGAGAAGAUGGGGAUGAGAUUGUCGCUCACAUCUAUAUGGAUAUGAAACCUGUCUAGAUGUCGUCAACUUCUCUUGAUGUGUCUUCCAUGGAAGAUGACAUACCGGAUAAAGCUGAGGUUGUGUAUGCCAACACAUGAAAAACGAUAAGAAUUUGCGAUUUUAUGAAGUUGAGAAUGUUUUGUUCUUUCGUACGAAUUAAGAAAGUGCUACUCACCUAAGAUUUCCUUUGGGUGGAAGUAGAAACUAAAGGUAAAAACAUAUAGGUAGAAGUGGGCUAUAAAUAUGUGAUUUUUUUUUUUUACUAAGCCAUAGUUUUUUGUGCUCCUUUUACCCUAUCUCAACAUGAAAUGACAAUAUUUUGGUCUCUGGUCCGAAAAAAGUGUGCCAAUUCAAAAUCCAAAAUGGCCGCCAAACCCCCCAAAAUCACAUUUUUAGCCACAACUUUUUUUUUUUCGGUGGUCCUUUUUCUCUGUUUUUGGUGUCUACUCAUGUAUUUUUUUUUUAUGGGGGGGGGGGGGGCGAGUAAUUUGUUUUUCCAAAAAUUAGUGAUUUUAAAAAUCAUUAGUUGUAGAGUUGUACAGCGAUUUUACUUAAAUAUGCCAUUUUUAAUGCUCCAUUUUAACCCCACACAGUGGUUUAAUCGAUUUGUGGUUCUUAGAUAUUAGAGGACAGUAGCAUGCAUCUCAUAUAGCUGUAUCAUUUUAUUCCUCUAAAUUUGGGUUUACACUGUUUAAUGUAAAGUCCCAAUGGAUAAUUGACCUUUUUUUAAUUUAAUUAGAUAUAUUUCGCAAAUAGUAAAACCAAAAGUAGAGGAAUAACAAACAUUAAAGCUAUAUGAAUUUGCUUGCUAUUUUUCAACUCGUGUCCUCUAAUAUCCAAGAACCCAAGCACGAUGAAAACUACUUCAUGGGUGAAAAAAUACACUAAAAAUUGGUUUAUUUAGUUAAUAUUACCUUUCAACUCUACAAAUAAUUGUUUAUAAGUACUAAUUAUAAAAAAAAUAUAAUUGCCUGCCCCCAAAAAAACAUUUGAAUAGACACCAAAGCCAAAGAAAUAGAACACCCAAUAAAAAAAUUUGUGGCCAAAGCUUUGAAUUUUUUUUUUUUGGGGGGGGGGGGGUGGCGGCCAUUUUCUCGGACCCGAGACAAAAAAAUAUCGUGUGGAGAUACGUUACAAGGGAUUAUGAAUAAACUGUUGCCAUAUUGAAAUGACGAAAAAAAAAGUAGUUUUGACCCAUGUAUAGCUCACUCCUAAUAUAAGGAAAAAUUACAUAAAUGAAAGGCAAACCAACAUACUUGCCAAUAAAACUAAUAAAUUUGAUUUUUAAAAAAUGCAAAAUUUUGAAAGAUUAUUGAUCUUUAGAAGGCUUGUUUAUUUUUUUUCCAAAUUAGUCUCAUUUGGUAUACUACAUUUAUUGUUUAUCCUGUUUAUAAUCUCAGUUUUUAAUAUGUACUACAAGAUUAUUAUAAUCACUCCGUAUGAUUUCAGUUUAAGCUUUUGUGUUUAAUGUUAAUGGAUUAUUAAUUAUGUUAUUUGCGUUGAUAUGUUGUAACUACAUUGUAUGAAUCUCUUUAUGAAAUUAAUCUUAUUGGCAAUUUAAUAACCAUACGGGGGUCAGUAAAAAUGUCUUUUUAAGAAAUGAAAAAAAAAAUGAUUUCUAUUAAUCAGACUAGAUGCCCCACUUAUCC